GCUUUUAUUUUGAAACGUGAGUGAAGUCCACAGCAGCAACGUUAUAUAAUCGAGUGGGUUGAGUUACAGCUUCAGUUUUCUGUCACCUGGAGAUUCUCACGUACACAGACGUUUACUUAAAGACGUCUGCUGUGCGUCUGCUGCUCAGUCCAGACAACCAGCAGGAGCUGGGAACACUGGGAGAGAACCAGCAGCAGAAACAUGCAGUCCAUAUUAGGAAAGAACGGCUCAGAGACUCCGGAGCCGGUGGGAGCUGAAGUGAAAGGCUCGCUCCCGGUGUGGCUUCAGGGGACACUGAUCAGGAACGGACCGGGACUCUUCUCUGUCGGCAGCUCCCAGUACAACCACUGGUUCGACGGCCUGUCACUCAUCCACAGCUUCACCUUCUGCAACGGUGAAGUCAGUUACAGGAGCAAGUUUCUGAAGAGCGACACCUACAAAAGAAACAUCCAGGCCGACAGAAUCAUGGUCUCCGAGUUCGGAACCAUGAUCUAUCCAGAUCCCUGCAAGAACAUCUUCUCCAGGACGUUCACGCACCUCUGUAACGUCGUCCCCGACUUCACGGACAACAACCUGGUGAACAUCAUUCGUUACGGUCGGGACUACUACGCGUCCUCCGAGGUGAACUACAUGAACCAGAUCGACCCGGAGACUCUGGAGACUGUGGGCAGGAUCAACUACAGGAACCACAUCGCUCUGAACCUGGCCACGGCUCAUCCCCACUACGACGACCAGGGCAACACCUACAACAUGGGCACCUCCCUCAUGGGCCCCGGGCCCCCCCGAUACAUCAUCUUCAAAGUCCCAGCGGACACUCCAGAAAAGGGGCGUGGCAAGCCGGCGCUGAGCAGAGUCCAGAAGGUUGGUUCCAUCCCGUUCCGAUCCACUCUGUCCCCGAGCUACUUCCACAGCUUCGGCAUGACCGAGAACUUCUUCAUCUUCGUGGAGCAGCCGUUCAAGCUGGACAUCGUCCGCCUGGCCACCGCCUACUUCAGAGGCGUCAACUGGGGCAGCUGCCUCCGAUUCGACAAGGACGACAUCACGCUGUUUCACGUCAUCAACAGAAAGACAGGAAGGGCGGUUAAAACCCGGUUCUACAGCGCCGCCCUGGUGGUCUUCCACCACCUCAACGCCUACGAGGAGGACGACCACCUGGUGUUCGACAUGAUCACCUACAAAGACAGCAGCCUGUACGACAUGUUCUACCUCCAGAACCUGAAGACCAGCAGCUUGUCCCAGAGCAACGAGAGCUUCUGUCCACCGACCUGCCAGAGGUUCGUGCUGCCGCUCAGCGCCCACAAGGAGUCUCCCAGAGGAAUCAACCUGGUGACGCUGGUGGACACGACGGCCCAGGCGGUGGUGCAGGAGGACGGAUCCGUCUUCUGUCAGCCCGACACUGUUUUCAUAGGUCUGGAGCUGCCGGGAAUCAACUACAGCUUCAACACUAAAAAGUACAGAUACUUCUACGGCUCCAGGGUGGAGUGGUCUCCUCAUCCCAACAAGAUCGCCAAGGUGGACAUCGUGACCCGGGAACACAUCGAGUGGACGCAGGACAACUGCUUCCCCUCGGAGCCGGUGUUCGUGGCGUCUCCAGGAGCCGCGGAGGAGGACGACGGAGUGAUCCUGUCCUCCGUCAUCUCUCCAGAUCCAAACAUCUCUCCCUUCAUGCUCAUCCUCAACGCCAAGAACUUUGAGGAAAUCGCCCGAGCCUCCAUCCCGGCCGACGUCCACAUGGACCUUCACGGACACUUCAUCCCCGCGGCCGUCUGACCAGCACCUCGCUCACCACGUUAUUUAUUCUCUGAUGUACAUUCUGUAAUAUUUGACUAUGAAUUAACUUUCAGACAUGAGCCUCUUUCUCUUUUUACUUUAUCUCUGCACAGGAUUUAUUUGUCUCUUAAAUCACAAACCAAUUGAAAGUGAGAUCCUCAGUAAAUUUUAAAAUUCUGUUUCCAUCUUUCUCAACAAAUUAACUGUUUAAUUUUCUGAUAUUUGUUGUAUUGCAGAGACGUAUUUUUAUUUGAGACAAUAAACUGAGUCAUUUCCAA